AUGCUGGGAGAGAUAAUCGAUAGGCCUAAUCCUAAGGCUGAGCCGUCGCACAUUCCGGAUGUCGUUGAACAGCUGCAAGUCCAGCUCGACCUGGCUUCCUUAGAUCAAUCUACUUCCGAUGCUUUAUUGAAAUUUCGCCGAGCAGCUGCUUACAUUGCAGCAGACACCCGCUUAUGUUCUCUAGCGAUGAUUUUUCUGCAGGACAAUGUGUUGUUGAAGCGCGAUCUAAAACAUGAUGACAUCAAGCCUCGACUACUUGGUCACUGGGGAACAUGUCCUGGGCUUAUCCUCGUAUAUUCCCAUUUGAACUAUAUCGUCAAGAAGCGAAACCUAGACAUGUUGUAUGUCGUCGGACCGGGGCAUGGUGCACCAGGUCUACUUGCUUCGCUAUGGCUGGAGGGUUCAUUGGGGAAGUUCUACCCACAGUAUUCUCGAGACAAGGAAGGUCUCAAGAAUCUCAUCUCCACUUUUAGUACCUCUGGUGGUUUGCCAAGGUUGGACUUCUCUCACCAUAUUAACGCCGAGACCCCGGGAGCCAUCCAUGAAGGUGGCGAGUUGGGUUAUGCGUUAGCUGUAUCCUUUGGUGCAGUCAUGGAUAAUCCGGAUCUCAUUGUCACUUGCGUGGUCGGUGAUGGAGAAGCAGAAACCGGUCCAACAGCGACUUCCUGGCAUGCAAUCAAGUACAUUGACCCAGCGGAAUCGGGAGCAGUCUUACCAAUUUUGCAUGUCAAUGGAUUCAAAAUCAGCGAGCGCACCAUCUUUGGCUGCAUGGACAACAAAGAGUUAACUUCUCUUUUCACGGGACAUGGUUACCAAGUGCGCAUUGUUGAGAGUCUAGACGAUAUUGAUACUGAUCUCCAUUGCUCCAUGAAUUGGGCGAUUGGGGAAAUUCAUAAGAUUCAGCAAGCAGCUCGCUCUGGGAAGCCGAUCAUGAAACCCCGGUGGCCCAUGAUAGUGCUGCGCACACCUAAGGGCUGGUCAGGACCCAAGGAGCUGCACGGGCAAUUUAUUGAGGGGUCGUUCCAUUCACACCAGGUUCCUCUACCUAAUGCGAAGAAGGACAAGGAAGAACUCCAGGCGCUUCAAAAAUGGCUAUCUUCCUACAACCCACAUGAACUCUUUACCGAGACAGGAGAUGUUAUUGAUGAAGUCAAGAUGAUCAUUCCCUCGGAUGACUCCAAGAAGCUCGGUCAACGUUUUGAGGCAUACAAAGCCUACGAGCCACCUAAUCUUCCGGAUUGGAGGGCUUUCUGUGUAGAGAAAGGUGCGCAAGAAAGCUCGAUGAAGACAAUUGGAGAAUUCAUAGAUAAGGUUUUCAUCCAAAACCCACACAGUGUCCGACUGUUCUCGCCGGAUGAGUUAGAGAGUAAUAAGUUGGAUGCCGCUCUCGCGCAUACUGGGCGGAACUUCCAAUGGGACCAGUACUCCAACGCGAAGGGUGGUCGUGUUAUUGAAGUACUGAGUGAACAUAUGUGUCAAGGUUUCCUUCAGGGCUACACUUUGACUGGGCGUGUGGGCCUCUUUCCCUCUUACGAAAGUUUCUUGGGUAUUGUCCACACUAUGAUGGUGCAAUACGCCAAGUUCAUGAAGAUGGCCCGAGAAACAGGGUGGCACAAAGAUGUAGCCAGCAUCAACUACAUUGAGACCAGUACCUGGACCCGACAGGAACACAACGGCUUCUCUCACCAGAACCCAUCAUUCAUCGGAAACGUUCUCAAGCUAAAGCCUAAUGCCGCACGUGUCUACCUACCGCCGGACGCCAAUACUUUCUUAACAACCGUUCACCAUUGCUUAAAAUCUAAGAAUUACAUCAAUCUCAUGGUUGGCUCAAAGCAGCCGACGCCCGUUUAUUUAUCACCUGAAGAAGCUGAAAGCCACUGCAGAGCUGGCGCAUCGAUCUGGAAAUUCUGUAGUACAAAUGACGGACUUGAUCCAGACGUUGUCCUUGUGGGAGUCGGUGUUGAAGUGAUGUUUGAGGUCAUCUACGCCGCUGCAAUUCUGCGCCAGCGCUGCCCUGAACUUCGUGUUCGGGUGAUCAACGUGACAGACCUGAUGAUAUUAGAAAACGAGGGGGCCCACCCGCAUGCUUUAACAACCGAUUCCUUUGAUAACCUUUUCACCUCCGACAAACCAAUCCAUUUCAACUACCACGGAUAUGUGACCGAGUUGCAAGGCCUACUUUUCGGCCGGCCUCGUCUAGAGCGUGUGAGCAUUGCCGGGUACAUCGAGGAGGGAAGCACCACGACGCCGUUUGACAUGAUGCUCGUGAACAAGACCUCCCGCUUCCAUGUUGCCCAGGCCGCCGUUAAAGGGGCAGCGAAGCGAAACGAGAAGGUUCGGCUCCGUGAGCAGGAGCUGAGCACAGAGCUGAACCACAACAUUGUAGAGACACAGAAGUAUAUCUACGCAAACCGCAAAGACCCUGAUGACAUGUAUGAGAUGCCACAAUUUUAA